AUGUUUGGCAGUAGCAACCAGGCUUGUGAAGCUUGGAAAGUUUUUGAUGCAACUCAUAACAAGAACAUUGUCUCCUGGAACGCAAUGCUGUCAGCUCACUCUCAGAAUGGACACUUCGAAGAGACAAUCGCACAGAUGGCCUUGACGAAGAUGGUGAAGCCCAAUAAGCUUACAUUCGCAUGUGCAAACCUCAAGAACCUCCGGGAAGGAAAGCUAGCACACGCAGCAGCAGUGGAAGCUGGCCUGGAGUUCGCAGUGCCCGUCGCUGCUACGCUCAUCCAGAUGUACUCCAAGUGCCACUGCCUCGAAGAAGCCAGGGACAUUUUCAGCCAGAGUCCAUCCUCGGACGUGGUAGCAUGGACUGUUAUGAUCUCGGCCUAUGCUCAGAACUGUCGACCCCAGGAAGCCAUUGCUCUUUUCCGCAUGACAGUGCCACCAGAUAGUGUGGCCUUCGCCACUGUGGGAGUUCCGAGAACUUGGAGGCCGGGAGAGCGAUCCGAUCUAAGAUCGUGGAGCUCAGGCUGGACGCUGAGAGGGUGGUGGCCAACGCAGUGCUGGACCUCUAUGGCAAGUGUGCCGAGAUUGUCGAGACAGUGGAGAUCUUCGGCAGGAUGA